AUGGCUUUCACUCCACCAUCUCUGACCAGGUCGCCCUCAACCCCCUCGCACAGCUACUGCCCUUCCGAAAGGUCUUCAGUUGAUUAUCCCUCGCCCGCCCAAGUGGAACAGCAAUACAAGAUCUCGUCCAUAUAUGGUGACCAGUCCUGCUCCGUGACUUCGUCUAUGGACCCGGGGUCAUCACUACCGCCGCUUGAAUCAAUGGGUCAACCCGACUGGAACAGCACCGUCAUCCUUCCUGCCUCCUCCGCCACCGGUAUGCCUAGCAUCCUCGCCGCAGAGUACGGGCCAUAUGCGGGUUAUCUAUACAGCCACGAUGUUUACCACUCUCACCACGACGGGCAUGCUCUUUCAACCUCUACGCCGCCGCCUUCCGGCCCGUCAUCCCGAUCUCCGAUUCCACCUGCAUCGAGGACGUCACUUUCCUACCAUUCAAACACAUCGAUGGGUGGUCAACUAACACCGCGGGUUAAGAUGGAGACAGAAUAUGGGUCAAGCAUGGAAGUCUCUCAUUACCCCUCGCCUCGUUCGAUGAACACAUCAUACCCUUCAGACGGCGGCGCCUACACACACAACACCACAGGUUAUCUCUCAGAUGGAGGAUCAUCCUACCAGCCUCUCGAGCCCGAGUUCUAUCCGGGCCCCGGAGCCGCGCAAACAUCAGCUUUCCUCCAAAACGGACAACGAUCCUACCGAGUGCCCCGUCCCAAGAGGCAACAACGACGCCUGACGACCAAGGAGGAAGCUAACUUUCAGUGUGAGGUCAAGGGGUGUGGGAAACUAUUCAGCCGAAGCUACAACUACAAGGCGCAUCUGGAAACGCACGCGCCGAACCGAGACUAUCCCUUCCCCUGCCAGGAAGCUGGUUGCACCAAGAAGUUUGUUCGCAAAACCGAUCUCCAGAGACAUCAUCAGAGCGUGCACUUGAAGGAGCGUAGCCACAAGUGCGAUUACUGCAGCCGUCUGUUUGCUAGGAAGGAUACUCUGCGAAGACACAUGGAAGAUGGUUGCUCCAAGCGCUUCGACAUCGGCACUAUGGAUCUCCGACCAGAAACCUACGAUAGCUUCGCACGACCUUCUUCCUCAGGCCCCAUGAGUCAGCACUAUCCCGGCCUUUCGUCAUCCGCCAACAACAUGGGUGGCCUCCCGCCUAUGGCCAUCCCUUCCCUAGGCCGCAGCGGCAUUCUCUCAUCGCUGCCGCCUUCUAUGAGGGCUGAUGGUGGCCACCAGGCCCAUUCUUGGGGGAGGUGA